CUCAUUGCUUACUCGGUACAGGGACUAUAGAUAUGCAAGUGAUCUCUGACAGCAGGAACGCCAUGACUUCAUGUUUCAGUCAUGUGGCUGUGCACACAUCCAUCAGCCACAGUGACAGACGGUACUGUACGAUACCAUACGAUAUAACACGGUACCCCGAAUACGACUGUAACCUGGUCUUUUUUCAAGGAAUCGCACCCUUUUCCCCCUCUUCUUCAACUUCAAUAAUCACUUCCACUCUUUCCCGGUUUCCUUUUCGAUCCCUCUUUAUAUUUCUUCUCUUUGAUAUUUUCUUUGAUAUUUCUUCUCUUGGUCCCCAUCUGUAUCCUCAUACUCUUUCAUUUGUUUAUCUCCUGCAUUCCCAGCCCGACCGGGAAUUCAUCCCAAAAGACGCUGUGUGACUCUGGGUCAAAAGUACUGCCGUCCACCUCGUUCCCUGUGUGUCUUUCAACAAUCAACUUUGUCUUCAGCGAAUGGCCUGUUGCUGCUGGACGACCGGAACCGUCCUUAAUCGCUGAUUGUUAUUCUGCGACUGAUUUGUGCUGCUG